AUGUUCUUAACCAAAAGGUUCCUACUUUACCUUAUCCCAAUUGCAACUGGUCCGCUAGUCAUCACUUGUCUUCCGGACGACUGGCGACCGUGGCCGGAGGCUCCUGGUGCAGUCAUAGACCCCGUCAUUGAAGAACGUAGUCUUGGAUGCGAUGUUUAUGUUGAAGUGAUUCAUUUACUAGGGGCACUCGGUGGGUCCGCAACUGCGUUUUGCAGCUCUUACCCCCAUAUCCCCAGUGUCACCACAGUCCCUGGGCCCACUUUCUCACUACCAACAGUGUAA